AUGUGCACACCACCCCAAGAAUUGUUGUCCUUUGGCCUUGGGGGGUUCAAGCCUUCAAGUCAAGGCAAUUUCCACUCUUGUUCGUCGGUGUGCGUGGUUGUGUAUUUUGUUCAAACUUUGAGGUUGGAAGGCUCACCAUUGGGGUUUUGGUGGGGUUUCUUUGAACCAAAAGGAAACCCAUCUUUAAAAGGUGUUGAAGAUUCCAACUUUGCUUCAUCCCUCCUUCUCAAACCUCUCCCAUCAUGGGCAACUGACAUGAGGUUACUUCCCCUUUUGUUUUCUCAAGAAUUGUCUGUGAGAACAAUCUCCAAGCUGUUCAGAAACCGCUUUUGGCUUGGUUUUGUCUGUCAGAUUCCUGCAGGAAUGUCUCUGAUGAGGAAGAGCCUGACUUCAAGAGUAGAGAAUGUUGAGGAAAGCCAUGACAUGUCAGUGUUGGACUUGCCUGAGUUGGCCUUGGAUUGCAUUCUUGAAAGGCUACCUCCCUCUGCACUGUGCCAAAUGGUUACCGUUUGCCGCUGUUUGAGGGAGAGGUGUGUGAGUGAUCACCUUUGGGAGAGGCACAUGAAGCAGAAGUGGGGUAGAGUUAUUGGUCCUGCUGCUUACAGGGAGUGGAAGUGGCAUGUUGCUUCCAAAAGGAAUAUUAGGGUUCUUAAACAUGGCAGGCAAAGGGGUUUGACGAGAUUUAUGUCCUUUCGUUGGCCUUUGCAAUGGAUGAGACCAAAGGUUGAUGCAAAUAAUAGCCCCAAGCAGAGGAGCUCUUUGCCUGUUGACUCAAUCAUGAACUUUUAUCUUGCUCUUGAGUCUGGCAGUUUUUGGUUCCCUGCUCAGGUCUAUAACCGUGAGAAUGGUCAUGUUGGAUUCAUGUUAUCUUGCUAUGAUGCUGAAAUUAGCUAUGAUCCGCGAAGCGAUACCUUCCAAGCCAGGUAUCCUCCACAUGGAAGAAGGGCAGAUGCUAAAGAGUGUGGCAUCCCAUGGGAAAGGCUAAGAGCCCCUCCUAUUGAUGCUUCUCCACAUGAUCUUCAUGUCUCCGACUGUUUAAGUGAUCUGUAUCCGGGUGAUCACAUAGAGAUUCAGUGGAGGAGAAACAAAGAAUUUCCUUAUGGUUGGUGGUAUGGUGUUGUAGGCCACUUGGAGUCAUGCAAUGGGAGUGAAAAUUAUUGCCGGUGUCACAAUAGUGACACUGUGGUGCUAGAGUUCAAUCAUUACACUCCUGGCUCACGAUGGAGGCAGACCACUAUCAGUAGGAAAGAUCAUAGGGAGAAGGGAAAUGAGGCUGACGGAUUUUAUGGUGGAAUAAGAAAGAUUAAGAGUGAGGCUGAGAUUUCCAUUUGGAAACGCCUUUGGCCAUCUGAAGUCUUGGAUUAG